CACUGUCCAGAACAUUCACACUUGUCCCUGCACCCAUGCAGCAGCUAUCCUACAACUGAAACCUAAACCUGCUAUCAGAGACAGACGCCGGCAGGCUGGAUGAUGGCGUUGACUGGGCUGCUGCUGGUGGAACUGUGUCUGUACGCCAGCUGUUUCGUGUGUGGAAUUGUUGCCGCCGCAUCUGUCACCAUCGUCCAGGGUAAUUUCGGAGGUCAGUGUAUGCUGUACGGUCUUGUUAGCUACAAUGCUACAGCGAACCUCAUUGGAGUCCAGUCGUCCACCUCCCCGUCUCUGUGCUACUUUGUGUCGGCCAUAUCGGUCAUGGUGGCCGUGGUGUGCUUCUCCCUCUCUCUGUACUGGGUGUACACACUCUGCAUCGAUAGGGAAGUGAAAAGGGAGCGUGUGUGGAUGAACCUGAUUGUGGCCAUGUGCGGUGUCUUCCUGUUCUUCCUGCUCAUCACGGGCUGCAUGCUGAAGAUCGGACGUGACUCUCUCUGCAACUCCAUCACGAGCGCCGUUCCCAACGUUACCAGAUGUGAAGAGGCCCAGACCAGAAAAUGGGUCAGUCCACUGAAUGGAGAGCGGUUCUACAACAGUCUGCACAAAGCUGAGACAGCGGUGUGGAUCAACCUCUUCUUCUGGCUCAUCAUUGGGGUUCUGGUUGUCGUUCAGCGGCGCCAGAGUCCGCUGACUAAGCUGAUCGUGGCAGGGUACGGCGGGCCAGCCGGCGGCCUUUUUGGUGACCCAGGUGUGACGGCUGCAGAGACUGAGCCGUUCUUCCACCGUCCUGCAAGGCCACAGUGAGGACACAGGGUCGCAGGAGCUGCAGUCACAUGGAAAGUUUGAAUACACCUGUAUUUCAUUCAGGAGCUGCAUUGUUUGUGUGAAGACAUUACAGAUACUGACUUUAUUUUGAAUUGGGUUUGCUAAAUAAACUUCUGUUGGGAAGUUUAUUUUGCAUCCAUCCAUCCAUCCUUCUACGAACAUCUGUAGAACCAUAGUUACCCAUCAUCCCUUCCUUUUCAUGAUCCCGAUAACUUUACAUCUCCCAUAGGACACAAUUUAACCCUCACGAUGUACACAGUAACCAAACAACAGAGUGAAGGAUAAGUGCUUCCUGUGUUGAUAGGUCCAAAACAAACUACUGUACCACUACUACUACUAAUACAAAAACAAGUGGUUAGGACCAUUAAAAAUGUUCGCUUCAUUUUCCCGUCUGCAGAGUCGCCCUCUGGUGGUUAUUUGCUACUAGGCUUCACUUUCCAAACUGGAAAACUAGUGUCCACCAUGUCCACAUGUUGUCCAACACUGACUGAGAGGAGACUUUCAUUAUAGAACAUAAAAAUAAAUGUCGUUUGAAAACCA